AUGAGUGCAGAUAUCAAGUAUUCCGAGCGCAAGAACGCGUUCAAGAAGACACUAGACGCCGAUGAAGGUCGUCGACGCCGAGAAGAAACGACUCUUCAAAUUCGAAAAACCAAAAAGGAUGCUCGUUUGGCCAAACGACGACAAAUGCCUUCUAGUGGAAUGGGCGCACCAACACCUGCCGGUAUGGCAGCUGCUAACAUGCUGAUGAAUUCUGGUGACAGCACGUACUCCAAUCUUCUUUCUGGGCAGCAACCAGGUGUCCCCCAACCUGGACGGGCCAUCGCUGCUUCCAAACUCGAACAGCUGCCAGAAAUGGUGCAAGGAGUCAUGGGAAAUGAUCCUGCUGUGCAAACCGAGUGCACAACUCAAUUUCGCCGAUUGCUCAGUAUCGAGAAGAACCCACCUAUUCAACAAGUCAUUGAUGCCGGAGUUGUACCUCGUUUUGUUGAAUUUCUCCAGCGGGAUGACAACCCGGCUUUGCAAUUUGAAGCUGCUUGGGCCCUUACCAAUAUUGCAUCCGGAACUAGUGAGCACACAAAGGUGGUUAUGGAAGUUGGCGCCGUUCCAAUCUUCGUCCGCCUUCUCAUGAGUCCCAACGACGAUGUUCGUGAACAAGCUGUUUGGGCACUCGGAAAUAUUGCAGGUGACUCACCACCGUGUCGUGAUCUUGUGCUUCAAGCUGGCGCCAUGCAGCCUUUACUUCAGCAACUUCACCAGAAUUCCAAGCUGUCAAUGCUAAGGAAUGCGACCUGGACACUUUCCAACUUUUGCCGUGGAAAGCCGCAGCCAGAUUUUGAAAUGGUCCGACCCGCUCUUCCUACUCUUUCCCAACUGAUUUUCAGUCCAGACGAAGAGGUUUUGACUGAUGCCUGUUGGGCUCUUUCCUAUCUAUCUGAUGGCCCCAACGAGAAGAUUCAAGCAGUCAUUGAAGCUGGAGUUUGCCGUCGCCUAGUCGAACUCCUUCUCAACCCAUCUCCCGCUGUUCAAACUCCUGCUCUUCGCACAGUCGGAAAUAUUGUUACAGGAAACGAUCUUCAAACUCAAUUCAUCAUCAAUAACAAUGCCCUUCCUUGUUUGCUGGCUCUUCUUUCCAGCCCUAAAAAAGGUAUUCGAAAGGAAGCUUGCUGGACCAUUUCCAAUAUUACAGCAGGAAACAAGGAGCAAAUCCAAGCUGUCGUUGAAAAUAACAUCAUCCCUCCGCUGAUUCAAUUGCUUACCAAUGCCGAAUUCGACAUUAGGAAAGAAGCGGCUUGGGCCAUUUCAAAUGCGACUUCAGGUGGAAAUAGCCAACAAAUCAAAUUCCUUGUCCAACAGGGUUGCAUCCGACCACUCUGUGAUCUAUUGACCGUAAACGAUCCCAAGAUUGUUACCAUCGCUCUUGAGGGCUUGGAGAAUAUCCUAAAGGUCGGGGAAGAAGAAGCGAAGGCAACCAAUGCACAGAAUCAAAUGGCCGUAUUCAUCUCGGAAGCUGAGGGUUUGAACAAGAUCGAAGACCUUCAACAACACUCCAACAAUGAUAUCUACGAAAAGUGUAUCAAGAUUUUGGAGACUUACUUUGGUGUAGAGGAGGAGGAAGAAAUGGCCGCUCUUGCGCCAACUAUGGAGGGGCAUACAUUCGGAUUUGGAAUGGAUCAGGGGCAACCAGCACCGGGUACCUUUGAUUUCUCCAACUCUCAAUAA